AUGCAUAACCUCACCACCCUGAUCAAGCGACUCGAAGCUGCCACAUCCCGCCUCGAGGACAUUGCUACUUCGGCUCCUUCUUUCGAGCAACCUAGGGGCACCGUCGCUGAUGCUGGCGCUGUUCAUCUGCCUUCCUCUUCCAGCGCUCCUGAGCUUCCUGGUGUCGCCAAAGAUGCUGCCCAAGCUUCCACCCCUGCCGCUCCUACUCCUCAGGCCGAGAGCCUCCCCAAGCCUAUUCAGGAUAUGGACGAUCUGAUCAAAGACCACGUCGCCAAGUUUGUCACAUCUGCCUCGGGCCUGGACAAGAACAUUGAGACUCAGGCACAAGCCGUCGAGCGCGCAUUCGCUGCCCAGCGUCAGUACCUCGUUAUCGCCAGCAAGGCCAAGAAGCCCGAUAUGACUUCGCCUGCCUUCUCCGAGCUCAUCAAGGACUUGCAACAAGAGAUGGGCACCGUCACCGAGAUCAAGGACUCAAAUCGCGCCUCGCCCUUCAAGGAUCACCUAAACAUGGUCGCUGAGGGUAUGGGCGGUCUACAGUGGGUUGUCUUUGAGGGCAAGCCCGCCGACUAUGUUGCUGAGAUCUUGGGUGGUGUUCAACUGUUCGGAAACAGAGUCCUCAAGGAAUACAAGGAGAAGGACCCCAAGCACGUCGCCUACGUCCAAGCCUACUAUGCCAUCUGGAAGAACCUCCAAUCAUACAUCCGCAGCCACUAUGCCGCUGGUGUCACAUGGAACGCUCAGGGCAUGGACCUCGCAAAGGCUCUCAAGGACGCAAAAUCAAAUUCUACCGCUUCUUCACAAUCCGCUCCUGCUCCUGCUGGUGCUGCAGGUGGUCCUCCCCCACCUCCCCCACCACCACCGCUUCCUACUUUCGACAACCCUCCUCCUCCUCCAGGUCCGCCUCCGGCUGCUAAGCCAAGCGGUGGUGAUAUGGGUGCUGUUUUCGAUCAGCUUAACAGAGGUGAAUCUGUUACAGCUGGCUUGAGAAAGGUCGACAAGAGCGAGAUGACGCACAAGAACCCUUCGCUACGCGCUGGCUCUACCGUCGCUGACCGCAAGGGAAGCCAAGACAGCAUCAACCGUAGCCGUAGCAGAGGUCCCGAGCUUAAGCCCAAGCCUGACAGCAUUCGUGGCAAGGGUAUCGCCCAGUCUACACCCAAGAAGGAGCCCAAGAAGGAACUGGACGGCAACAAAUGGAUCAUCGAGAACUUCGAAGAUGCCGAUGCUCCUAUUGAAAUCGAGGUUUCGGCCACACAGUCCAUUCUUAUCACAAAGUGCAAGAACGCUACUAUUCGUCUGAUCGGAAAGGCCAACGCUAUCAGCAUUGACAACAGUCCGCGCACAAACCUCGUUAUAGACGACCUCAUCUCAUCCGUCGACGUCAUCAAGUGCCCCAACUUUGCCCUGCAGGUUCUCGGCACCCUUCCGACCGUCAUGCUCGACCAGGUUGACGGUGCUUCCAUCUACCUCUCGAAGGAGAGCUUGAACACUGAAAUCUACACCUCAAAGUGCGCCAGCAUCAACGUCAACCUCCCUCCUCAGACCGAACAAGACGACUACAAGGAGUGCCCCCUACCCGAGCAGUUCCGUACCUAUAUCAAGGAUGGCAAGCUUGUUAGCGAGAUCGUUGAGCAUGCUGGAUAG